GGGCCGGAAGCGCGGGGGGGGCGCGGCCGCCCCGUUCCCCGGUCCCCGUUCCCCGCUCCCGUCCCGGCCCGGUCCCGGCCCGGCACCGCCAUGCGCAAGUUCUUCCAGGAGAUCAAGGCCGACCUCAAGUUCAAGACGGCGGGGCCCGGGCAGAAGCUCUCGGAACCGUCCCGGGCCCCCCGGGAGAAGCCGAGGGCCGAGGUGGCCCCGAAGCCCCGCCAGGCCCCGACCGAUGAGGCGCAGCGGGCGGCGGCCGCGGCGCUGGCCCGGCUGGAGCUGAAGCCCAAGGGAAAGGCUCCGUCCUCGCAGGAGGCCAUCAAGAACCAGGUGAGGAAAGAGCUGAUGGCCGAGGCAGCUGCCAGCGAGAAGGGGCUCCCCGUGGAGGAAAAGCAGCAGGAGGAGGAAGGGGUGGCUGCUCCCUCUGUCUCGGGGGUUUAUUUCAUCUGCCCCUUGACCGGUGUCGUUGUGAGGAAGGACCAGAAGGAGAAGCAGCUCCGAGAAGCCAUCCAGGCAUAUUUCUCUGUGGAUCCAGUGGCUGCUUCCAUCAUGGAGAUCCACACCUUCAACAAGGACCGGGAGAAGGUCCGGCUGUGCGUGGAGACCAUGGCCAAGUACCUGGAUAACAUCUAUCUCCAUCCAGAGGAGGAGAAAUACCGGAAAAUCAAACUGCAGAACAAGGUGUUUCAGGAAAGGAUAAGCUGCUUGGAAGGGACACACAAAUUUUUCCAGGCUGUCGGGUUUGAGACCAAAACACUGCCUGUUCCAGGACAAGACACCACGGAGGAGUUCUACGUGCUGAAGGAGGAGAUGCUGAGCAGGCUGGAGGAUCUGAAGGACAGCAAGGAGCAGCUGCUGAGCUCGGAGCCCGUGCGGGCGCAGCUGCACCGGCAGCUGACGCUGUUCCGGCCGUCGCCCGCGGCCGCGCGCUUCGAGCUGCCCCGCGACUUCUUCAACCUGACGGCCGAGGAGCUGCGCAGGGAGCAGCGGCUGCGGACAGAGGCGGUGGAGAAGGCGGCGAUGCUGAGGACCAGAGCCAUGCGCGAGAAGGAGGAGCAGAGGGAGAUGAGGAGAUACAAUUACACCCUGCUGCGGGUGCGCUUCCCCGAUGGAUACAUCCUGCAAGGGACUUUUUAUGCCCGGGAAUCAGUAUCUGUGCUCUACAACUUUGUGAGAGAAGCACUCACAGAUGACUGGCUGCCCUUUGAGCUCCUGGGACCUGGAGGUCUCAAACUGACUGAUGAGAACUUGGCCUUCAAUGAAUGUGGGUUGGUGCCCUCGGCGCUGCUGAGCCUGGCCUGGGACGCGGCGGUGACGGCGCAGGCGGCAGAGGAGCAGCGCAGCCCCCUCAGGCCAGAGCUGCUGGCCGGGGCCCAGAGCCUCUCCUGAAAUAAAGGGCAGUGCCUCCA